CACUUGCUUUUGCGCACCACGACAAACAACAAUUGAAAACUCCACUUUCUUUCUGGUUGCCAUCUCCCUUGGUUUGCCCCACAAGCCUGCCAGCCCCGCCGCAGCACAGGCGCCGCCGCCAUGGCGUCCUCAUCAUCCUGGUCGCCGGGCGCAACCCUCGACGGGCCCAUCCGCGCCCGAUCUCUCAGCACCUGCGCAGCAAGCGACGACGACGACGUCUCGCGCUCGUUGGCACAGCCCGAGCGGGUCGUCUCGCGGCUGCGCACCCAGGAAACCCUGCGGGCCCUCUGCAAGAAGUACUCCGUCCCCAACGGCUUCACCCCUGUCCUCGCCGGCGACCUCCCUUCGUCCGCGCCGCCGCCGGCCGGGUCCGUGUGCGUGUACGUGGACGCGCUGGACGCCGGGAUGAGCUUUCCGCUCCACCCUUUCUUCGGCACGGUUCUCCACCACUUCGGGAUCGCCCCGGGCCAGCUCGCGCCCAACGGCUGGCGCGCCCUGGCCGGGUUCGUCGUGCUCUCCCACUUCGCCCGCGUGGCGCCGUCCCUGGCCGUGUUCCGGUACUUCUUCGCGCUCUGCCCGUGCCGGAACAAGCUCCACUCCCUCCGGGCCAAAGAAGUCGCCGGCCUGCUCUUCGGCCGGUUGAACGCCAAGAACCGGGGGUGGAAGGAGGAGUUCUUCUUCCUGGCGUCGCCGACGGCAUGGCCGUGCCCCGUGCAGUGGGGGGAACCUUCCAAGUCCUCCACCUUCGACCCGACGCUCACCAUCCCGGAGAAGACCGUGGCGGCCAGCCUGCUGCGUGCUCGCGGCAGUUCCCCGAUUGACCUCACCACGUAUCUCCACGAGAGCAACCUGGCCGCGGCCAAGAUCAUCCGGGCAUCACCACCGUUCCCAACUCCUCAAGAGAAGGCAGCCGCGGUCGCGCGCACGUCGGCAGCGAAAGUGGCCGUGAUGAGCGAGCAGGACCGCGAUUCGCUGUCGUUCGGGAAGAGGAGGAAGUUGGGAGAGGACCCCUCUUGCCCGCCGGGUUUCUCCGCCCUGCGGAAGCCGCCGCCGACAAGCAAAGAUGGUGGGAAAGAGCGGUGCGCGCUCCGUCCGCAUGGCGGCGGAGACUGGCAGGCGGCGAGGCAGCUGCUGCAGGGCGUCGUCACGCCGUCGCGGGAGCGCGAGCUCGCGGCGUCCAAGCCGGCCGAUGUCUUCGCGUCCAGCUACUUUUCACUGCUCCAGACAGCGAACGAGGUGGCCUUCUCGCUGGGCUACGCGCUGGAGCUGGAGGAGAAGCUGAGGGCGCGAGCGCGGGAGGCCGACGAGGUGCAGGCGGAGCUGGGCAGGAAGCUGAAGGCGCGGGAGCGGCGCGCCGCGGAGGAGGCGGACGCGCUCCGGGCGGAGCUGCGCGAGGCGAAGGCGGAGCUCGAGCAGGCCAAGGGGGACGCGGACUGGGCCAAGAAGGCGGCCGCGGCCGCGGCGGCGCGGGAGGUCUCGGCGGCCAGGGAGCACGCGCGCGCGCUGGCGGAGCGGGAGCUGCACGGGUACGCGCGCGGCAUGGGGGACAUGAAGCGCGCCGCGCUGCGCCGGUACCCGCGCCUCGACCCGGCGCGGCUCGUUGUGCCCAUCCACGGGCCGCCUUAAGCUCCGUCGUCUCGCGCGCCCGCCGGCGCCGAUGAUGCCGCCUCACGUCCACAGGUUGAUUUAACGGAUGCGCCGCGAGGUUUUACUCCACUAUCUUCGGAUGUUUUAGGCGUGGUCGCUCUUCUGUGGGAUCAUGGCAACCUGUCUGUCGUGUGAUUGCAUGGAUGCUAAUGUUGUGCUAUUUUGCAUCAGAUUAAGAAAACGGCACCGGGAACAGGAUGCUACAUGAACUAUUUCACUUA